AGGAAAACGCAAUGGAGCCGUGAAUAUUUUCCUCCUCUGUGUCUCCUUUUACCCCCUGGAAAACAACAUUCGUGUCCAUAUUCGGCUUUAUUGCUAUUUAUUUGAAGCAUAAUAGGGCGGUGCAACGAUGUGGAUCCAGGUUCGUACGAUAGACGGGAAGGAGACGCGAACCGUUGAGGAUCUUUCUAGAUUGACCAAAAUUGAGUCUUUACGCUUGAAAAUACAGGACAUCUUCAAUGUAAGCCCACAGCAGCAGCGACUGUUCUACAGAGGGAAGCAGAUGGAAGAUGGCCAGACACUGUUUGACUAUAAUGUGGGUCUCAAUGACAUCGUCCAGCUGCUGAUUCGCUCACAGACCGACCCUCCAGACAGCCCCGCCACCAAGGACUCCUCUGGUGUUGCCUGUAGUUCAGCUCCUCCCCCUGAUCCCAGGUUGGAGAGCCACAGCUCCCCAGCUCCUGCCUCCCCCGCUGCUAUGGAAACCUCCACCAAUAUAGACAAUGACAGCAGCAACGUAAAUACCAGCACUGUUAUCGAAACCAAGCCAGACACCAGCGUUACCAGUAACUCAGCCAGUACCAAAAAUGGGUUCAAGUCCUCCAGUCCGGCAUGGGACACCCAGCCCCCCACAUCCAGCAGAAACACACUAGCCGACCCAGGAAUUGGUGUGUACAAGAUUAACGAGCUGGUGGACUGCAGAGACGUCAGCAUCGGUGCCUGGUUUGAGGCCUGCAUCGAAAAUGUGACACGCGCUCCCAAAGGACAGAUUACUCCUACCAAGGGCAAGGUGGGCCGGCCCCCAAAAAGGACUAAUGGAAAGCUGGAGGCCGAGCAGGGACAGGCCCACAGCCAGGGCCAGACCACAGACAGUAACAGGAAUAAUGUUGUGUUAAGCUCCGAGAGUAAUGGAGCCUCCACCUCUCAGACAGACUCUACAGCAGCUACAGAGACCAAGGAGAGAGAAGAGGACGUAAUUUACCACAUUAAAUAUGACGACUACCCAGAGAACGGUGUGGUGGAGAUGCGACCGGUGGAUGUGCGGCCACGUGCCAGGACCCUGCUGCGGUGGGACCAGCUCCACGUGGGCAUGCACGUUAUGGUCAACUACAACAUGGAAACACCUGAUGAGAGGGGGUUCUGGUUUGACGCUGAGGUUCAGAGCGUCAACCAAGCCUCCCGCACCAACAAGGAGCUCCGAGUCAAGAUCCUCCUGGGGGGUCCUGGAGACGUAAUCGGGGAUUGUAAAGUUCAGUUUCUGGAUGAAAUCUACCAGGUGGAGAAACCAGGAGCUCGUGCACUCUCAGCUGCAGAUGGACAAUUUAAACGGAAGAGCGGGCCGGAGUGUAAGCACUGCAAGGCUGACCCAGACACCGAGUGUCGCUUCUGCUCCUGCUGUGUGUGUGGUGGGAAGCAGGAUGCUCACAUGCAGCUGCUGUGUGACGAGUGUAACAUGGCGUUCCACAUCUACUGCCUCAACCCGCCGCUAGCCACCAUCCCGGAUGACGAGGACUGGUACUGUCCCACCUGUAAGAAUGACACCAGUGAGGUUGUUAAGGCAGGAGAGAAGCUCAAAGCCAGCAAGAAGAAAGCCAAGAUGCCUUCGGCAACAACAGAGAGUCAAAGGGACUGGGGAAAGGGUAUGGCCUGUGUGGGGCGUACCAAAGAGUGCACAAUUGUUCCUUCAAACCACUACGGACCCAUACCUGGUGUUCCUGUUGGAACCACUUGGAAAUUCAGAGUUCAGGUGAGUGAGGCAGGUGUUCACAGGCCGCAUGUCGGUGGGAUCCACGGGCGCAGUAACGAUGGCUCCUAUUCGCUGGUGUUGGCAGGGGGCUUUGAGGAUGAAGUGGACCGGGGGGAUGAGUUCACCUACACAGGCAGCGGGGGUCGUGACCUCUCAGGAAACAAACGGAUCGGAGAGCACUCUUUUGACCAGACCCUGACACACAUGAACAGGGCAUUGGCCUUAAACUGUGAUGCACCUCUCAAUGACAAAGACGGGGCAGAGUCGAGGAACUGGCGGGCAGGAAAGCCAGUGAGAGUGGUCCGCAGCUCCAAAGGCCGACGCAUCAGCAAAUACGCUCCCGAGGAGGGAAACCGCUAUGAUGGGAUAUAUAAGGUGGUAAAGUACUGGCCAGAGAUCGGAAAGUGUGGUUACCUUGUGUGGCGGUACCUGCUAAGACGGGAUGAUAUGGAACCAGCACCGUGGACACCCGAAGGAAUGGAGAGGAUCAAAAAACUGGGCAUCGCUGUUCAGUACCCACCAGGCUACCUGGCGGCAAUGGCUAACAAAACAAAGAAGGAGGCCUGCGCCAGACCGGGUCGUGGUGGACGGACUAAGCAUUAUCCUGGUAGGGGGAGGCCACGGAGACAACGCAAGAUCAAGGAGAAAGAGGAGAAUGGCGAGGAAGAGGAGGAGGAGCAGCUGAUGGCCAGCGUGGAUGAAGAGGAGCCACAGAGUAAUGGAGAGCAGAAGACAACCAGAGAUAGUGAUGUGUCACCAGUGGCAGAGCCUCCCACUAAACGAGUGAAGAUAGAAGAGACCUUCCAGCUGUCAGAGCAGCAGCAGCAGCUGAUCCGGGAGGACACAGCCAACAAGAAACUCUGGGAUGAAGCCAUGGGAAACCUUAAAGAGGGACCGAAUUUCCUGCGCAAGAUGGAGCAGAUCUUCAUGUGUGUGUGCUGCCAGGAGCUGGCCUUCCAACCCAUCACCACCAUCUGCUCACACAAUGUUUGCAAGACUUGUCUCCAGCGGUCGUUCCGAGCGAAGGUGUACACCUGCCCUGCCUGCCGUCAUGACUUGGGCAAAGACUACAUCAUGACCCAAAACGUGACGCUUCAGAUGCUGCUUGACCAGUUCUUUCCCGGCUACAGCAAGGGCCGAUGAGGUCAAAAUCACACUUAUAAGUAGAAUACCUACAUACAUGCACAUAAGCAUCCAUUCUGUGCACCCACGUAUACCGUCAAAUACCUAGAGCUCCACUUUAAAACGCAUUGCGCACACAUACUGUACUUACCCACGGGCAAAUGUAUAUUGCAUAUACAGCCAUUUAUGUAUACAAUCAUUCAUACACAAACAACCUCAGUAGGACUUGGACUGUCUCCAUUAACAUCACCAGCCUGAAAUUCAACCAAGGACAUUUUUUAACCUCCCUACUCCAUAACGACAAACGCACAAAAGAAGCCCAGAUUCACACCCACUAGCCACCUCAAGGUAUUAGCUCUCUUUUUUCUGUUUGCCCCAACACUGUGUUUGUUCACCGGGUCCACAAAUUGACACACGGCACAUUGUUUGAUUGCAGAUUUCUCAAAAAGUCAGCCAUUAGACUCCUGCCAACCUGUACGCAUUUUGUGUACCAUGCACGCAGUUUUACACCAAAAUGCUGAGCUGAGCUGCUUCACAUAUGUGCAGUAUUUUACUCAGCUGGCAAAUAAAGGUGCUAGUUUAAUACAGUGAUUUAGGCACAGCAGGGCUGGCAAUUUCACAAGGUUACUGAAGACACACAGAUAAGGCAACACCCUACAUAACAUCCAAUGUGAGCAAGGAAGGUGACUGAGAGAUGCCCACGGAGUUGGCUUGUUACGGCAAGGUACAAUUAGGAAAGUCAAGAAUUAACAUGUUUUUAUGGAAAUGAAGCACACAAUGUUUUAUGCCCUUGAAGCACUUUAUCAAUGACAUGUGCAGCAGGCUUUUUUUAUAGGUUAAUCAAGAGCACACGCUAGCAUCCUAGCUAGCUGCUCAUGUCACUUGGACUAAUGCCAUUACCAUGCCUCGAGCUAAUAAGAAUAAUGUCUCGUCAGAGAAAAGUUUCAGUGAAUUUGCAGAGAGCAGAAAUUUUGGCAGCUGUGUCCGGUUUGUUUGGAGUGUCAGGAGACGUCUGAGCAGCAGCCUUCCACACUCAGUGAACUCAACAAUGAUCAACAGGCACAACUCCCUCCUUAGGUUUUAUGUGGAGUCAAAAAAAAAAAGGCUUUUAUUUCAUAAGCAUACCAAAGACAUGAGGCUGUAGAGCGGGUCAGGGGCAAACAUCGUCAGAAAUCAGCUUUAAAACAAGUUAUUUCUAGUGAGGAAUCGCGCCUAAAAAUAUAUAGAUAUACUUGUCAAGUAUCAAACAGGACCUUACCAAAUGAUUCUUCUUUAGCGAGGCACUUUUUGUUUCCAUAUCCAAGCACCUAAAAUGUACAAGAUAAACAAACACAUACUACUGGUAUUUUUACGAUUUGGCGCCCCUACAGUUUCUUAGUGCAAUUCACUUACACCACACAGCUGUACAUGUGCAUUUGUUAUGAUUACAUAAGUUUUGAUAAAAAACUAGUGAGCUUACAACUUCGCUAACACAGUCAAACAUCAAGCAGUUGCAACAACAAGAUACCUAACUUAGCAAGCCAGCUAAUAUAUAGCAAGAAGGCCAGCUCGGUGUUUGUCUUGCAACCUUUUAUUUCACGAAGCUCUCACCAACGACUAAAGGCCUGUCCGAGAUUUACUCUUCUCUGGUCCAAACCUCCCGUGCUGGUGGUGUAAACACCAACAUUUCCUGGUGCUCCGAGCUCCGAGUCUAGUCUGGGUGGAGUCAGCUAGUUGCAUGGCUAACUGAGCGAGCUGGCUAACAACAGCCACAGUUAGCAGCACUUAGCGGUUACUUUAGCAACGACGCUAUCUGUCCAUCAGAAAACUCUGUAAAUCUUUGGGAGCUGAAGCAGAGCAGCUGGAGGGAAUGCAAGAAAACAUUUUCUCCGUAAAAUAUGAUCCAGUUUCGCCAAAAUCAGCGAUAGUUGGUGGUGUGUAAAGCCGUGCGCACAUCUCGCCGGAGAUCGUACCUAGCAACACAGGUUACAUUGUGGGAGAACAGGUGCAGAGAAGCACCAUUCUACCUAUCACAAGUCAGUGUACCAUCAAAAUAAUUUGAAUGAGUGUUAUUUUAAGGUGAAAUUGAUACAUAACGUUUCUUUAAAUAUUAAUAUCAAAACAUUUCUAAAUGUUUCACAGUUCCAGUCCUUCAGUCAGAUGGACUAAACUGCAUUUUAGAUGAAUGCUUGCUGAUAUUUGUCUGCCAGAGAAAUACUGUAACGAUGAAUGGAAAUUAAAGAGUUACAUGCAGCGUCCUGAAAUGCUUUAAAAGUGGGAGGUUUGCUGCUUGCAUGGAAGGGCACACUGUGGUCGUCCCUGGUGUUACCAGGCAACCGCAAUCAAGCAGGACUUCACACAAAGAUGGUUAGCAUAUAUUGUGCUCAGCAGAUAUUCGCCGCUAUUGUUCUUUCUGGGAGAUUUAGUACAGCGUUCGCUGCAGAGCUCUGGGUAUCCAGCGCAAUCUGUUUCUCCUCCAUUGUAGAAAAGUAGUGUGAUGAGUGAUGUGUUGUCACGUGUCAUAAAGAGAAUUGAGAUACAUCUGUCUCAGUGAGCCUGGGACAAAAAAAGGCCUUUUAUUUCUCUUACCUGAGAAAGAGCUUUCUGAUCAGCAUGAUGGUUAUGUGAAUUCACACCAUCAGAGGCUGAGGAACGCGGCCAAAAUGUGCAGUGUUGCCCAACAUACAGUAGCCUGUAUACAUGCACUGUGUCACCAGUGUGAUUUUGUCAUAUAGUCGCCAGUCCAGACCAGUAGGAGAAGACAACUGGAGAUGGAUUAGAGUACCUUAUAGCACAGACUAUCAAAAACUGUUAAAGUUGGCAUCUAAUGCUCCAUCAGUUUCCUUAUAUUAUUUACUUGUUCUUUUUAAUCAGACAUUUACUGAUUUAAAAUUCUAGUUUUAGGCUGUUUUAUUUAGGCUGAGUUCUUGUAAUGGUGCGUGAGUUUAAACAACGUUAAAUGCUUCUUUUUAAAAUGAAAAAAAAAGGUUUUGUAAAAAAAAAAAGUUCAUAGUCCUCAAAGUAAAAUAUGGAAAAGGUUUUGAUCAGUGUUGGCGCUAAAAAUCAGGUGCCGUUUCAACCCUAACAUUGAAACAUGUAAACCGUACCCAUCCCCACUUGGUAUAAAUGAGAGCUUUUCAAUCUUGUGACAGGUUUUCAAAAGUGAUCAUGUGAAAGUUCAACGCUCUGCAGAGUUCAGCAGUUUUAUUUCUACACUAUUGAAUAUUUCAAUAGGAAGUAUGUUUCCAUACACUUUGCAUACAACAUGGAAUAUAUAAUAGAAAAAAUGUGUGUAUGUGCAAAGUAGAGUUUAAAUUGUGCCCUUCACUGCACCCCAUAGCCACAACUUUGAAAAUUAGAGGAGUGAAACAGAUGGAUGUAGGCCAGGGUUACUCAUUUAAUGUGCUCGCCCCCUUCAGCCACAUAAAUAAGUCAUCAGAUGACACGAACAGGCUUUUCAAAAAAGAAGAUAUGUUUCAACUGGAAAACAACACUUAGGACAGAAGACAUGAGGCAGUGGCCCUCCCCUGAUGAGAGAGAGAGAGAGAGAGUGAGCUAAUACCUGAGCUGGCCUGAAAGCAAAAGAGCAUUAUAAAAAUUAAAGCUGGGAAGGAUGGAGCGUUACCGAUCGGGUCUGACUGUUGGCUGUGCUGAAUAUGUAGAUCUCAGAUACAUAAAUACAGGAACAGAUUUCUCGACGCGACAGUUGGUUCCAAAGACAGAGCAUCCUAUGAGGGAAAACUGGUUCAUUUGUUUUGGAGAUGCUGGAUAACGUAGAACACGUUUAUGUGGAUUUAGAGCUUGUGGGACAUACAUCCUGUGAUGCAGUGAGGCCUGGGAUAAUGAUGUUUUGCAUGAGUUUGGGGCUACAUUGCACUCAGUCACGUGAAUGUUUUCAGUUUGAGACAGUAAAGUGUGUUUGGAUUCAGUGUCUAACGUAAAAACGAAACAGAAACGUCCGGAGCUCAUUUGUUUCACGAGAUCUAACACGCCAUGGUCCAAAAUGUGAAUCGGCAUCAAACGGCAGCUGUGAACAAAACACAAAAACAGAUAGAAGUUUUCCUUAAACACAAAGAUGUGUGCUUUCCUCAGAUGCAGCAGACCACAGCUUUUUAAUUCUCUUCCAACAGACCUGAACAGAGCUCAAGACUGUUUCUUAAGCUACUUUUGUAUGCUCACGUUUCUUAUAUGUUACUAUCCAGUGGAACUGCCCCUCCAUAUCUUUUAAAUGCAUUGGAAGCUUCACAUAAAUUAGUGCAUGGUUUUAAAGCUCCACAACAAGAAAGACCAGUGACAGUUUUUAGCUUUAUUGUAACCAUGUGAUGACACACAUGCACCUGUACAUGUUCGGUAGUCUUAAUGUUUUUUUCAGUCUGUUAGAUCUGACACACAAUCAAUCACUUCUUACACAAAUAUAAUCCUGAUUCCAAAAAACUUCCCAGCUUUUUUUGGAAUCAGGUUGUAUGAUACAGCCCAAUUGAGCGCAUUUUGAUAUCAAGCGCAUUAGUCCCAAAUGGGUUUUUUCUACCUUGAGCAGCUGACACGGAUUCGCAUCUUUUCCAGUGCGGAUAUGGUACCUUAAAAUGUCCAGGGUUGGCAGGUCUGAUAGGAGCUAAAACAGAAACACCCCACCGAGAGCAGCAGCACAUUCUCUGCACCGAUCUGUGAUCCGGGCCUGGAAUUUUGGAUCAUCGCAUCUGAACUAGUUUCGACUCUUGAUCUGGUUUUGUGGGAAAAUGUAGCCUCUGGUUCACGACACGGUGCGACAGCCCUCGAGGCGUAGCCAUGUUCAGCGCAGAGCUGGGCUGAGAUUACCUGCUGCUGCUGCUGCUGUGCACAUCAGUUACUCGCUGCUCUGUUCAGAUCAGAAGUGAAAGCCGUCUGUCCGACCCCUGCGUCACUUCCUCCCCUCUCAUUGGCUGGCUGUCUGUUCGUUUGUGGUGAUGUCCUCGUUUCUGUUCAAUCAUUCAGGAUUUUUUUUUUCCAUUUAUUUUUUUUUUAUCAACAACAUGCAAGUACAAAUGCUACUAUGGUCUUUAAAGCUAACUGUGAUGUGCAUUACUUCCACUGUUGUUCAACCUUGUUUAUUUUCUCCCCGCAUUGACUGGCAAGCUAAUAGCCCUUGUUUCUUUCUCUGCUGUGACCUUCGCGCCCUGUCCUCUCCUCUCCUCUCCUCUCUCUGCACUGUCCUCUGCCCUCCGUGAACCUACAGUACUAACAACUUUUAGACGUCUCGUGGACGCUUGGCUUCAGUGCUGUGUUGUUUUUUUAUUUUUAUUGCACUCUAUUGAAGAAAAAAAAGGUUGAAAAGUCGCAUUUAAUUUUCCUAGAAUGCUUACUAUUAUCUAUGUCUGUACGCCACUUUUCUACCAUUUUAGUUGCUUCUCUUCUAUUUUAAUCAUUAGUCAUUUUUAUGUGGCGACCUCAAACAUUUGCAGCGUAUGCCAGUCUGAGGAGUUUCAUUGCUUCAUAUUGUGAUCUGAAAUUUUAUACAUGUCAUAAUAAUACUUGAUAUGUACCUAUUAAAUAUUUGGAUUCCAGAAAUACAA